ACCGCCCGCGCCGCCGGAAGCACGCUCCGCCACUUACCGCAGCGCGCAGAUGAGUAUGGACGCCACAGCUGUAUGCCUCAUAGCUUGUCUUCUCUUUGCACGAGUGUCUAGUCAUGGGAACCAUUUCUUCGGAUACACAAAAGAAGAGCAGGAGCUGUGGAGCGAACACAGCGACGCGUGUGCGGGGAAGUACCAGUCGCCGAUCCGCAUCAUCAGCCACCGGGCGCAGCGGCUGCCCAUCCCGGCGCUGGAGAUGGUCGGCUUCCACAACCUGCUGCCCGGGCCCGUCGUCGCCACCAACACCGGACACUCGGUGUCUCUGCGGCCGGCGGUGACGGGGGAGUCGUGGCCGAAGGUGUUCGGGGCUCUUCUGCUCCACGAGUACCAGCUGGAGAGCUUCCACUUCCACUGGGGCCACCGCUUCUCCAGGGGCAGCGAGCACGUCCUCAACAGCAUCAGGUUUCCGAUGGAGAUGCACAUCGUCCACCGCAAUAUGAAGUACUCAUCGCUGAAUGAAGCCAUGCAGAAGCCGGAUGGGCUCGCCGUCCUCGCUUUCUUCUUCCAGGCCCAGGAGAAGAACAACCACGCGCUGCGGCCCAUCCUGGAGGUGCUGGAGCGCGUCAAGUUCCCCGGCGACAGCUCCCCGCUGCACAUCAGCUUCUCACUGUCGUCGCUGUUGACCGCCGACAUGGACGCCUUCUACACGUACCGCGGCUCGCUCACCACGCCGCCCUGCUCCGAGUCCGUCACGUGGGUCAUCUUCCCGGAUGCAUUGCCCAUCUCCUUCAGCCAGAUCAAGAAGUUCCGACGUAUCUAUUCUUCAGGCGAAGAUCGUAUGGUAAACAAUUUCCGUGUUUUGCAACCUCUCAACAGUCGAAAUGUCUUUGUUCGCAAACUGUGGAAGAUUGAGAGCUACAACCUUACUAGCCAUGAUUCGGUGUCAUGGCUCAGUUAAGCUUGUGCCGAAAAAGUUCCACGUUCCGCAAACUGUGGAAGAUUGAGAGCUACAACCUUACUAGCCACGAUUCGGUGUCAUGGCUCAGUUAAGCUUGUGCCGAAAAAGUUCCACGUUCCUACAGCACUCAACUAUCGACAGACUAGCAAGAAAGCGCACUGCCAUAACAGUGAACAUGCCUACAUUUAUUGUCACACUGAGGCAGCUCACAACCUGUUCUAUUUAUUUUCUUGAAUAAGAAUGUAAUGCAUACAGCACUGUGUGGAAGCAAUGUCUAUUUGUAAUACAAUGCUGUAUGUGUUUCUUUUAAACAACAGGUCAAGUGGAUCAGAAACAGCUGCUUGCAAACUUCUGCCUAUUUCACAAGGUUGUGCUCUUUAAUGUACAUAUGAAAAGUUCUGUAUAGUUUUGUAAAUAUCUUAAGAAUUUUGUUAUCUAUGUUGUGUAUUAUACACACUUAGCUGACAUUUAUUCAUAUUGAAAGAGACAUUUCAAUAUUUCACUUUCAUUCUUAGUAAAGGAUUCUUUCCAAAACACAUUCCAAUGUAUGUACCAGUUGACAAUACAAGAUGUAGAUUUGUUUUCUAUCUUUCUUUAAUGUUCAUCUUAAAGGAAUUGACAUCAUUACCUUCACUUAUUUCAAGUUGUACUGUACUUAAAAUCUCCACUCCACUCACGACUGCUACAAAAUGCUGCAUUUUGUUUUACAGUUAUGAAUAUUUACGCCAUUGAGUGCCUGAUCAGUGUGUAUGGUGCAUGCGAAACACUGCUGGCAGUGUUCUGGGAUUUUAUGAAAGUUUUGUCAUCUGCAAAUAUGUGUUGUAUUAAAAUUGCAUAUCACACAAGCCUGUAGAAUUAGAAACAUCCGUUAUUUAUUAUGUGUAUAUAAUUUUCUGUACAUACGAGUAUUUUAAUAAAACUUUUGG